AUGGCCGGAGACCUGUGCACUGAUUGUCCAGCCACAAGCUCAGGCCUAAGUGGAAGGGGUGCUCAUCUAGUAAUCCCAUCCCUGGUUGCUCCCAUCAUCGCGUUCCUGCUUGUGGCAAACCGGACUUACUGGCGGCUGAGGAUGCUCGUCAGUUUCGGCCUUGACGACGUGUCCGCCAUUCUGUCUAUGAUCUUUUACAAACUCACCAUCAACUUCAGGAAACUAUCCAUCCUUUUCCUGUAUCUCCGGAUUUUCACCGAGCACUUCUGGUUCCGACGAGUCUGUUACACACUCAUAUUCCUUGUGAUGGGAGCUUGCGUGUGCUUGACCAUCGCCACCAUAUUUCAGUGUAAUCCAGUGUCCCGAGCUUGGUAUCGCUGGAGUGGAAGUGGCUCCUGUGUCGAUAUUGGUGCACUCUGGUACACCAAUGCCAUCUACAACAUAACGACCGACAUCAUUAUUGUCCUAAUGGUGCCGCCUGUCAUUUUCAAACUCAAGCUUCCAAUACGACAGAAGCUAGGCCUGACUUGCAUUUUCGGACUCGGCAUCAUUGUGUGCACGGCCUCGGUCUCGCGAUUAACCACUCUAUAUUCGUCGGCAUACGGUGACGACGUCACUGCCGGGACGUUGGUGUCUACAGUCUGGACAACAAUUGAGGCCGGUCUCGGCGUGAUCUGUACAAACCUACCUAUGCUGCGGACACCUCUCCAGCACUUCUUUCCCAGACUCUUCCCACCGCGAAUGGGCACAACUCAAAUCUCAAGCAGGAGAGGAUCUCAACCAAGUUGUUGGGGUAACAGCGAUGAGCUCGCUUCCCCAGCGAGGUUGAUUUGCCCACCAAUGCCGACUCGGAAUACAUACCUGUCAGGGCAGUUACCAGCAGCUGCGAUUCCCAUCGCAGUGCCGGUGCCCAGGCGAGCCGCUCUUCAAGAGGAGAAUUCGAGCGACGAUCGUCGCGACGUCGAGAUUCUGGAAGGUCAACCCGUUCACUCAUCGGACCAGCAGCGUAAGUUGGAGCACCCAGGUGGCAUUGAAUGUUAUGGUCACCAGCAUCAUGUUCGGUAA